UUUGAAUUCUACUUUCUGCCUUUCGCAUCUUCGCCGUCAUUGUGGUUGGUUGUUCUGAUUAAUAGUUUCGCACGCGCUUUAACCAAAUUCAUAUUUUUUUUUUAUAUUGCAAACACAAAAAAAUUGCAAAUCGAAUAUCUGUGCAAAGAUUGCGAUAGAUUAGUGGAUGCUAAAAGAAGCAAAUUAAUCGGCACCGAAACUUAUUUUAACAAGUUUAGAGUGAACACAAAAAUAUUAAUAUGGUGUUGACAUUGUGUAACAACGACAGUGACAACAAAGAACGCUGAUAAAUAAUUCGCAACCAUUUCGAAAAGUCUGUGUAAUGGACUGAUAAUUUGUGCAAGCUUGGCAGAAUAUUAGAGGAUACAAUUAUUUUAAUCUCUGCUUGAACUUCAAUAAAGUGAUACUAAUUUCUUGUUAAUCAUGACCCAAAAUGGCAUGUGAUAAGUCAAAUUAGUAAAUGGGAAACAACGUAAAAUGACAAGGAAAAAUUUUAGUACGAUAUUCUGAACAAGUGUAUUAAAAUUAAAUAAAGUGGAAGGAGAAUAAAAACGACAGAACGUUACAAAAUAAUGAAAAUAAUUAAAUGCCUAAAAUUACAAACGUGCGCAUGGAAAAUAGAUGAAAUACAGAUAGAGAAAGUGCAAAAAACACAAGAGUGCAACGCUAAACCAAAAACUAUAUAAAAAAAACCCUACAUUUAUUGGGAGCAACUACAAAUUUGAAGAAAUGGACUAUAUUUUCAUAUAACCUAAACUAAUUUAUAUUUUUAAUUUCUAUCUAUAAAAUAAAAGCGAAAAAAACUGAUAAAUAUAUCGAAGAUAGAAGAAGUAAACUCAAAUUAAAGGUGCGCAGGAAGAAUAUGAGUUAUAUUACAAACAAUGAAAGCGAGAAACAAAAUCCAGUUCUUCGUGAAGAAUCAACAAUACAAUCCUCUACAGUGACUGCAGUGGCCGCUUCUAUAAACUCGACAACAUUAAGCGGCUCACAAAUUUUUCGAACGAUUGCAGAGCAAAUCGAAAGCGCCGAAAAUGGUAGUAGUACCCAGAGGGACGCAACGCUAAAAGAAACUAGUGUUGGGCAUCAGUUUUCUGCAUCAAACAUAGAACAUUUGACUCCAAUAAAAGAUAAAUCUAUGUUUGCUGCUAGCGAUGAUGGGGAACUGGUAGGCAAAGUAAUCGCUGAGUGCGAUGAAGACCGUAAGGCAGCGGUUGCGGGUACGACCACGAAUAUCACUACAACUACACCUGCUGAUGCGAGUCACCGAUUAAAACUUCUGCAAACAAGUGAUAAUUCGUCUCUUUACGAUUCGGCAACAACAAACAUUGCAACUGCUGCAACGGAUGCUGAGAAUGCAAGCGAGGUGGGGGAUGGUACAAGAGUGCCUCGUUUUAUUAAAGACGCAUUCGGUACACCAGUAACAAUAAUAAAUGCAACAAAAACAACCGAUUCGCUUUUGGCAUCAUCUGCACCAACAACAACGUCAUCUAAACCAUCAACACCACCCACGCCACCGUCAUCACCGACAUCGUCUACUUUACCAAUGUCAAAAUCUGUGGUGGCCGCACAAUGCAGCGCAACAGUUCUUACGCACAUCUCAAGCGAUCCCUCAUUCGGUAUGCAGUCGCAGUUGCGUCGCAAUCAGCAGCAACAGAAAAUGAAAAGCUAUCAUGACACUAAACAGGCAACGAUGUGGUCUAAAGAAUCUGUUCUGGGGACAAGCGCUACUGUGAGCAUCGAUGCAACGUUGCUCAACACACCAGCGGCGUUGGCAAACUACACGGGUAUUAUAAUAAAAAGUGGUGCAUUCAGUGCUACGGUUUCACCAUGUUCAAUACGCAAAAUAUCCGAUCCGAACACUAUGUUGCCUCGCCGUGUAUCAUUCCCGAAAAGUGACAAUGAGCUGGUCACAGGCUACUUGGAGCCAGCCAAUCCGUGGGGACAAGCAUGCUUGGUUAAGAGCAUCUCCGAAAUCGCCGAACUCUAUGUGAUGUCAUGCCGCAAACAUAAAACAAAACCCUUGCAAACUGUAUUGGAUCAUUUGAAGGGUGUUGAAUUAAAUAAACAACAACGCCAGCCAUUGUUAUCGUUGAAAUCAAUUAAAUUGGCAGCAAGCGAUUGUGAAGCAUUGGAAGAAAUUUUCAAACGGGUACAGUACAAAUUUAUAGAUCUCUCAUCGUGUGACCUGGACGAGUGGGCGACAAGCGCCCUUUUUGAAAUGAUUGAGUAUUAUGAGGCAGCUAAUGAGUUGGACAUCUCCUCAAACUCGGACGGUAUGACCGUACGUGGUUGGGCUGGCUGCAUGGCUAUGGUUAAACAUAGCGAGGAGCUGCGGGUACUAAUCGCCCAAGGCAAUCCAAUUUCGAAACAAAGUGCUGAUGGCUUGGGCCAGGCGAUAAGUACAUCCAAUUUGCAUACGUUAAAAUUGGAGCAUUGUGGUUUGAGAGGCGCGCUAGACGGAUUAUGCUUUAAAUUACGCUACAAUGCGACGCUUAAAGAGCUAUGGUUAGCGCAUAAUGAUUUGGAUUGCAAAGAUGCUGAAGCUAUUGGCGAUUUGUUGAAGGUUAAUCAUUACCUUGAACUAAUCGAUAUAAGUAAUAACAAUAUUAGAGAUAAGGGCCUUUUGUACAUCGUGGAAGCACUAAUACUGCAAUCACAUGAGCUGGAACGGCGAUCGAUGCUUCAGCGCUCAUCUGCAAUCGACGACGAUGAUAGUUUGUCAUCGAUUGAAGCCUCACAGACAACUGAGUUAGACUCUAGUGACUCGUUUAGCAAUAAUGGCAAGGGCAGUGCUGAAGAAAAUGCAGAUAUUAGUGAAAACGAUGAUAAUGUCUCAGAUAACAGACAAAAACAACAGACUAUUGUUGAGAAGUCUGUGGAUGUGGCCACUGAUAAAGCCACAAAUGCUAGUGGAUGUUCAGCAACGGCGAUUGCCGUUGUGGGUUCGUUGGAUGAAAUGGACGGUGAUGACGAUACAGAAGACACAGUGAAAUCAAGCAAUCAUAAGAAUGUGACAUAUGCGCCCAGUGGCCAAUCAAUGUUGGAUAAGUUGCUAUCGAUGAACAGUGAGAGCAGCAGCGAAGAGGGCGCGUCUAAUUUGUCGACAGAUACAAUAGCGGCAUGUGGUUCUGAGGAUGCGAGCAUCACCAGUGAUGACAUCUUUGAAGCGUCCGCUGGCACAGGGGCUACAAGUACACCGGCCGAUACUAAGAACAGCAAUUCCAGCGUGAAAGCGGCAACCGAUUCUACCCCAGCGGCGGGUGCGCGUAUUGAGCGAGAUACUCACAUCAAAGCGGGCCAAGGAAAAGUUGUAGACGAAAUAACAUUGAUUGAUAUUACUUCUUCGGAGACAGAUCCUGCCAGCACAACCUAUGACAAUAGCAGCAACGGUAGCAGUGCAGAGUUAACCGUUGCUAAUAGUAACAACCCCAGUGAGAGUGUAUCGACCACCUCCAAAUUAAGUAAUGAUGAAAAUAAUGGCAACAACAACACUACAAGUGGUGCUGUUACCGACAUUGGCAGUGACGAAGACGUUUGCGGCAAGUACAAAAACUCAGGGAAAUCGACCACUCAAGAUCAGGAUAACCAGAACCAGAAUCUUCUUUCGCACCAACAGCCAAAUGCUCCUAAUGUAGGUGGUGUUUUCGAAGUAACCGCCGGGGAAGGUGACUGCACAAUUGCCGAAGCGCCUGCGGCUAUCUCUGGUGUCGUUGGUGGCGAGCAUCUACCUGCCGAUCAUACAACAUCCUUAUUGCAGCAACAAUUGCCUUCUAAGGCUGUGGAUGUGAAUAAAAAUACAAAGCUGAACGACGAUUUUGAUGAUACGCAUAGCACUGAUUCUGCAUUUGAAAGUGCUUCUGAGGGUGAUAUUAGUCGGCAUUUGCCUGAAGAAUACAGUCGGCUAUCAUCUUCAUUUGAUGGUGCACCUAUGGAUGAUAUUGUUAAAGGUGUAGCUAUCGAAACGGGCACUAUUGCUACUGAGUCUACUGAGUAUUUGGCAGAUGCAGGUGUAACACCGACGUCUACGCCAACACCGCCAUCAUCGCUGCGCACCCACCAAUUAGGUGUCUCACUAAGCGCACUGGACGAAAACAUAGAUGGGAAUUGUCGUACAAUCACGCCUAAUACGGACUUCACAGCUAACACAUAUGCCAGUGUGGUGAAGAUGGUGAAAGAUGAAAAAUCCGUGACGAGACAGCCAACAGAAACUGCUAUUAGCCAACCUGUGACGACAGUAGAGGAAAAACACGACGACAAUUCCUUGCAUGAACUACCUGCACUGCCGAAAGUCACUAUCGCUUCUGAUAGCUUAGUGACCAAGGACAAAGAGGCGCUCAGUAAGAGUCCGAUUCCAACACCACCACCACCGUCAACAUCACCAGGCGGAGUUAGUGUCGGUAUGCGGCGUACGGAAUCUUCGGUCACCUUCAUUACACCCGCCACUCGCCAUCGCUCACAGAGUUCAGACAGUCUUUGCAGCGACAAUUCCCUGGACGGCAGCAUUAGUAGUGAUCUAAAUUUUUCCGCUUCAUCACAGCUCAAUGAAAAGUUGACCAAAAAUGACACACUCACGCGGCAACAGCGACAAUCGGACCCUCGUAACGAGCCGGUGGUGAAGACACCGGGUGGCCUGAAAGCGCUCGCACUCUGGAAUAACAAUCUAAGUAAAGAAGCUGGAUACUACAUAGCCCACUUAUUAGCAGAUACCACUUCGCUGGAACUGUUAAAUAUCGGCAAAAAUUGCCUUUCUAAUGACUUUGUGACACGUAUUAAAGAUAGCCUAAUACGGAAUACAACAUUGACGACACUGGGACUACAAAGUGCGCAUCUGAGUGCGAACGGUAUCGAAACUUUGGCAUCAAUAUUGACAUUUGGCGGUAAUAGCACGCUGCAGCGGUUAGAUAUUCGGGACAAUAAGUUGGAAGUGGAGAGUUUGACGAAAAUCGCUGAAGUGCUCAAAUCGAACACAACCAUUACGCAAAUCGAUAUUGAUGAUGAGCCCAAGCGAUUGUCGGUGGGCAGUGAGGCGCACAUGGAUUAUACGCGCGUCCUAGAGAACGUACGUUCAAUGUGUUCGCGCAAUGAAAAGACGCAGACACAGUUACAGUCGGACAAAUCGUUUAAUAGCGGUUGCGGGGGCACUGCUAAUAAGCGACGCGGAGGUUACUAUUUGGGCUCACGAAAAAUUUCAUUGACCUGUCAUACGCGUCCACUAGUUGAGUCUACUAAAGUGAUGACGCCCAAUGCAGUACCGUCAUCGGUGGUCAAUACCAAAUUGGAUGCGAAGCGUAAAACAGGCGCCCGUCUGCGCUCGCCUGUGCCUAGCCCACCAACAAUAUCGCCAUCAUCGUCGCCAAAUCGUAGCCGUUUUCAAGUGUUUCGUGUUACCGAAGUUAGUCCACUGACCUCACCAUUAGCACAAACGCCACCCUCGUCGGGAUCGUCCACAUCAUCGUUAGCCACCAAUAGUAAUAGCAGCAGUAUUUCUAUGCCUGCUGAUAUGCCAUACAAGAGUUCUGUGAGUGCGGUACCUGUGACAUGCUCAUUUCCAACUUCUAGUUCAUUACCUUCAAUGGCCACAGUCACGUCGUCGACUCAAUCCAUCAAGCGCUUCUCACCGUCGCCUCGCUCACGUUUUCUAGUGUCGAAGAUUUAUGAGGAUCCACGGGUGCCUUUGGCCAGUCGCUCGUUGCCUCCAAUUACACCACCGAUUCAUCUGCCACCGACACCAAUCGCAAAGCAUGCACCCGAAAGUGUCAAGCUAUCAAUAUUUUGUCCCACAUCAGAAAAGACAAGCACGCCAAUUGAAAACAAGCCAGUCGAGGGAAAAUCCGAAACGCUCGACACAAGUGUAACAAUAGCGAUCAACAGCAGUGACACCGAACUCUGUGUUGCGCAAGCUACAACAUUAAUAGUUACUCCGCCUACACCCGCCGUAGUGGAGUCCAGUGCAAAUAGCAGUAGCACAAAUAUGCCUGAUUUUAGUCCGAAUGUUAAUCAUAAAAAAGUUGAUAGUACAAAUGCAAUAGCCCGUAUGCAGACGCAACAAGAACAACAAUCGCAAAUAGAAACACAAACACCGUUACAACCAAAACACAUUCAACAACAACAACAAGAUAUUUCAGCGCAAAACAUUAAUGCACCAACCACUGCUGGCUGCCAAGCUGCCACCACCACCAUCACCACAACUACUACUACCCAGAACCCCAACAAUAAUUCACUAUCACCCAUCAACUCAUCUUCGUCCUCCUCUUCGUCUACAUCGCCUGCGUCGUUGCAUUCGAAUUCCUCAUCAACAUCGACUUCCUCAGCGUUGUCGGCCAUUUUUUCGAGCAGCUCAACAGAUUCCACCGAUGGCAUAAGUGGCAGUGGUGCAGCUCGCGGGGAGCUAAGUUUGCGUGAUGAACUUCUAAAUGCAACAUCCAUCCGUUGUCCGCUUGCCGUUUUCAAUGAUAAUGAUAACGACAUAACGCUCACUAAGAACUCGGCUCACGAAUUGGCUACGCCACCUUCGUCGGCGAUGGCAUCGGAAGAAUCGCAACAACGUCAACGCAAAGUGUCGUGGAUAGCAAACCCUGGCGCUGUAGACAAGUUACGUUCGUUGUUUUUCCAGCGUAGUUCAUCGCCUGAAAAUAAGCCACAAGCACCAGCAGCUGGUCCGUCAGCACAGGCAACUGCGACAAAUCCUACAGUUAGCACCCCCCCUACCAAUAACAACACAACAUUGGCCAUUAACAGUGCUGCAGCUUUCAAUAUGUCCGAUGGCGCUUUGAGUGAUGCAUCCUCCCAACAGCUCUUGCAAAAAUUCGUCCAUGCCUCGCAGCAGCUAAGUAAGGUGUUUCGGCAAAAUUUGUCAUUUGGAAAUGAAGUUGCAACAACAACAAAUACAUUUACUAGCGUUUUCGGCGCUACAGCAGGCGCUGAUGGUAGUGGUGGCGGUUGUGGGUCGCUACCAUCAUCAGAGCAGCAUGACGCCACGCUCAUUCCCACCGAAGUGAAACAAGAAAUCAAAGAGAACAUCUCACCGGAACAUACUAUUAAUGAGGAAACGUUGCAAGGCUUACAAAAGCUAGCAGGCAUUGAGGGGGCGGUGCGCUGUGUACAAGAACAACAGCAUCAGCAACAAUUAGCAACAGGAGCGGAGACGGGAGCGGGAUCGGGAGCAUCGUUGGAAGACGUGGAUGCUGCUGUGGUUAUAAUGAAACCUGCAGCCCUAGAAGAAUUCAAUGCCAAAUUGGCUGAUAACGCGAGCAUGGAUAGCAGCACACUCGCAGCCGCCGGAGCGUUGACAACCUUAGUCAAAGAGGAGCCCACAGACAGUAGUGCGGCGGCCUCGAAUGCUGCUGCCAGCACUUAAGCUAAAUGGUUUUAUUUUUUAAUUUCUAACUGUAAUCUUUAAACAUUAUUUAACUUUUUUUUUAUAUAUAUAUACAUAGAUUUUUUUUCUAAUUUAAAAAUUGGGAGUUGUAUUGUUGUACACUUAUAUAAUAUAUUAUUAAUCUAUACAGACAGACGAUAUACAUAUACAUGCAUAUACUAUUUGGCGAUCACGCACUUAAGUAAUUUAAAAUUAGUGGAUUUUCUAAUAUUUGUGCUAGCUUUAAGAAAUAUUCGCGCUUUCUUCUCUCCCUCUUUUAUACAAUUACGCUUAGGCAGUAUAUUUUUUUCCAAUUAUGCAAUUAUGUUUUCAAACUAGGUGAAAAACGUACAUACAUACAUAUGUCGUAUAGCAUGCUGUGUGUAUCGAUUGCACAACGCAUUUGCGAUUAGUACAGAUUUUUAUGAAUGCUAACGGCCUUAAGAAAAUCCAAUAACUACCGAUAUCGCUUAAAUUAUUUCAAGUCUCAGGCAUGCGUCGAAUUUCAACUGCGCUUUAAAACUUCAUAGACUCGAUCUACUCUAUACUCACGGUUUCUACAUUUUCAACCAAAAAGUGUGAUAAGUGGCGCUAGUAAUAAGGUCCAGUAACAGUGGAUCAAUAGUGUAGUACCAAAUGAGAGCAGAAUAAGUACCAAUUUUUUGCUAUUUAAGAAUGUUUGAACCUCGUAGGUUUGUGCUAGGAAAAUUUAAAAUCCAGAAACUCCUCUUCUGAUGGUCUAUUGCUCUUCUUUGGUUUUACAUUAUUGUUGCUCCUUGACGAGACAAUGUUAGUGUGUGUGUGUAUGUGUAAUUGUAAAUAUGUAUGCAUUCUGUUUGCCUUAGAAGCGGAAGUAAAAUUAGGUAGUGGUGUGAUAUGGUGAUGUGUUUGGUGUUGAAUUGAUGCUAACUGUACAUUUUUUCUUUAAUUUCUUAAAUUCGACGUGUUUGGGUGAUUUUGUGGAGAAAUUCUGUAAUGCGACACAACAGUCCCUUGUUAUCGAGAGUUUAUUGUUUUGAUUUCGGGCUUUGCUUAUGAUUCGAACAACAACAGAUGAAUGCAUUAAAAAUGUGUAAAAAUCGAUUAAAGGAAAUUAAAUUCAAAAAUUAAAACUAAAAUAUUAAAAAAAAAUAAUAAUAAGAAUAAAAAUAUUAAAUAAAAAAUAAAAAUGUCAAAUAAAAAACAAAAAUAAAAAUAUUAAAUAAAAAACAAAUAAAAAAUAUUAAAUAAAAAACAAAAAAAAAUAUUAAAUAAAAAACAAACAAAAAAUUUUAAAUAAAAAAAAAAAAUUAGAAUAAAAAAAAAAUAUAUUAGAAUAAAAAAUUAAAAAAAAAAAAAAUAGAAUAAAAAAUGAAAAGAAUUAGAAUAAAAAAUUAACAAAAAAAUAGAAAAAAAUACUAAAAAAAUUAGAACAAAAAUAUUAAAAAUAAAAUAUAGAAUAAAAAGUAACAAAAAAAAAAUAACUAAAAAGGAGAUACAAAUUAAAACAAAAAAAAUUGAAAUAAAUAGAAGCUAAUAUCGAAUCGAUACAAAGUCCAAAUACGGGUUCAUAAAAAAUUCUUUAUGUUAACAAUAAAACAGCCUUUGCGUAAACCUUUAUGGGUACGCUAUUUUUUUAUUGUGAAGUGAUAGUUCGAGUUCGUUUCAGUAGCGCAGUUCCGACUGCAAAGGGAGGAGCGCCUCAGUAAAUAAUGCUAAAAGUGUUAUUUUCUAAAUUUUGUAUUGAACUGUUGGUGACAUAAAAAUACGUGCAAAAGUUUCUAUGCAAAUCAACUUUUCGUUAACUUUUAUUUAUCUGCCGCUUAAGAUUUUUAUAUUAAAUACAAAGUUAAAUACAAAAUUAAAAAAAAAAAAUAUGCACACAUCUCUGUGUAUGUAAAAAGUGGAUUUAUUGAUUUUUGGUAACAACGUUUUUAAUAUUUUUUUUUAAUUUGCUAAGCGGAAUUAUUUCUACUUUACCCACAUAUCGUCGUCAAUAGUUAGAAAUACACUAAAUGGCAUUUUUCAAAGCGUUGAUUUUUUUAAGUAUUGAAGAAUUUUCUACUCAAUCAGAUUUCUACGCAAAUUUUUAUAACGGUAUUAAAAAUUAUCAGCCCUAUUAGCUUUCUAGGAAUGCCAUACAUUACUGUAGGCACACCUACAGUGGCGGUCAAAACAAUAGUAGCGCGACAUAAUGCGUUCGUGUUGGUUUUUAAUAAUUAGUCUUUUUGUUGACGGUAUUACGCAUUUUCUUUUAUAUAGCAAAUACAAUAAUUGUUUUUGUUAUGGAAGCAAAUAUGCGACACUUUCAACGAAAAACUGUCAAAAUUUGAUGAAAAGUGUGAAGUUAUAUUAUAUAUAUGUACAUAUGUAACUGCAUACUAGAAUUUUUAUAAGAAGUUUGAAGGUUUGAUGAAAGUUUGUUAAAUUUUAUGCUAUUUUUUUACAAAGUUUUAAACUUUGAGUUAAAUGAGGUAGUAUGAACUACAUUUUUAUAUAAAACAAAAAAAAACUAAUAUAAAAAAAUGAAAAGAAAUAAAAAAAAUGAAAAAAAAAAAUGAAAAAAAUAUAAUAAAAAUGAAGGAAUUGAAAAAUAUAAAUAAAGACAAAUAAAAAAUAAAUAAAAAAGUAAACAAUCAUAACUUGGCAAUAUGUCGCGCUAUUAUUUUUUGAUCGUCGCUGUCAAUAGAGUGGAAUGCUUUUUUAUUUCUUUUACUGCAAGAAAUUAAUCAUUUAUGGUCUUAUCAAAUGAUAUUGACGAUAUGUAAUUAUUUUUUGACAAAAUAACUUAAGUGGAUUCUAGUAUGUAUGUAUUCUAAAUUCAUACCUUCUGCUCAAAUAUGAACGAGACGUUAUCAAUAAAACGGUCCGCGGAUGACAUAUGGCAAAAAUAAAUUUUUUGUUUUUUAGUAGGACUGUUAUAAGCUUACAUGGCAAAUUUCAGCGUGAUAUGUCACAUAGUUUGUUUUCUGUGCUACUGUAAACAAGUCAAGCUCGAGUGUGUUCUUCGAAUUCUCUUUUAUGACUUCAAUUGUCUCAAAAUGUUUUCCACGGAGCGGCAACUUGAGCUUGGGAAACAGGAAAAAGUCACAUGGAGCCAUAUCAGGCGAAUACGGUGCUUGCGGAACGAUAUUAACAUUAUUUUUGUUCAAAUAAUCGCGAACAAGACGUGAUGUGUGAGCUGGUGCAUUAUCGUGAUGCAAGAACCAUGACUUGUUGUCCCACAAUUCCUUCCUUUUAAGACGAAUGUUCUCGCGCAAACGCUUUAAAACGUCUAAAUAAUAUUCAGCGUUAACCGAUUUUGCGAUUUGUGCGAUUUUCAAGUACAAUUUCCUUUACUUUUCCGAUGUUUUCGUCGUUUACUGAUGUUGCUGGACGACGUUCAUGAGGCAAGUUUUCAACCGAUGUACGGCCCUCUUUGAACGAUUUGUACCAUUGGAAAACACGUGCACGCGAUAGAGCAGAGUCCCCAUAGGUUGUCUGCAACAUUUUUAAGGCGUCUGAAGUCGAAAUUUUGUUAGAAUAACAAAAUUUCAAACAAAUUCUUUGUUCAACUUGAAUUUCCAUCGUUAAAUUCGAAGAACACACUCGAGCUUGACUUGUUUACAGUAGCACAGAAAACAAACUAUGUGAGAUAUCACGCUGAAAUUUGCCAUGUAAGCUUAUAACAGUCCUACCAAAAAACAAAAAAUGUAUUUUUGCCAUAUGUCAUCCGCGGACCGUUUUAUUGAUAACGUCUCGUUCAUAUUUGAGCAGAAGGUACAUAAAAAAGAAAUUCUAAAUCUCAAAUAAUUAUUUAAUUUUGCUAUUAUAGUCGAGAAUUGUUUGAUCCAGCAGUAAAAACUGCUAGAGUAAAUUAAUGAAAUCUCUUUUUUCACUAAAGAAGUUAUUUUUGCUGAAACUUUUGCAAUUAUUUUCUAAUUUUUUUUUUCAAUUCUUUGCUUUUAUUUAAAAAUUACAAUAAAUUACAAUCUGUUGCACCUUUGUAAUCCACAUUACACACAGAGAAGUUGUGGGGCAACUCUUUUGCAUCGCCGCUCGAAGGGUGCGAUGUACUCAAAAUGCCUUGCGUCCAAAAUAUCUUGCGUCGGCAAGACUUUUACUGUUUCUCCUACUGAAAAAGAAUGUUUCCGGAUUACCAAGUUUACUUAUUUUCCUCAAAUUUUAACAAAAAAAAAAAUAAUUUAAUGCGGAUUAUUCCGUUCUUGGUGAUAAGAGAGAGAAGAGUUUGUGUUCGCGCGGACUAUUCCGUCGACUGAUGCAAAAGGGUUAUAUCCUGUUUUUUUUUUUUUGGUUUUAGUAAAGAAGCUAAUGCGCGCACAUUUAAAAAUUUAACUAAAUUCACACAUAACAAAUUUUAUUAUGUUUAUGUAUAAAAAUUUGAAAAUUCUCAUUCGCGCCCUUUAAAUGCCAAAAUAUUAUAUUAUAUAAAAUGUGAAAAAAGAGCGAAACACUUUUUAGUAUAUAAAGUAACUUUCAGUAGCUCUCAAUAGUUUGUAUAUAUGUACAUACAUACCUAUGUGUGGCAUCAUUCCAUACUCUGCAAGAAAACUGAUCCAUCAUCUGAUACUCAGUGCUGAUAAAUUCUGGAGUAAUGUUCACUUCAGGUUUUAAGAAUAAUGUGAAAUAUUUUAUGUACACGAUUCUGUUGUGUACAUAUGAUAUACAUAAAUAUGUGAAUUUAAAUAUUAAUCACUUCUAACACGUGGAAAGAUGUUUUUUUGCUUACAAAUGGCGUACUUUCUAGCCGCGUGAGUUUAGUUGUCUCUCAUUCCUCCAUUUGUGGAAUAACUUCAAGAUGCACACAACCUAAUAAAGGAUGUACAUCCUAAUUAUGUAUACAUAUAUGCAUAUUUUUUUUUUUUUAAUUGUUUGUAUGUAUGUAUGUACAAAUGUACCUGUUCCUCUAUGAAUUUAUCGGAGUUUCAGUCGCUUGAACGAAGUAGUUUUCUGGUGGGGUAGCAUCUGAACACACAUUUAUUACUGGCAUAGGAAAAUCCUAAGCUUCCGUGAAUUUUGUUUUUAAUCGCGUAACAAAUUUCUUCACAAAGUCAUCUGGUUUCUUCAAGGUACUCUUAAUAAUAUUUAUUUACUUUUUGAGGUUAAUUAUAUGUAUUUUUUGUGUGUGUUUAUUUAUGCACUAUUAUGUCAGCUGUUGUUAUUGUUGUUGUUUUCACAUUAAGCUACUCCUUCUAGACUUAAAAAAGAAAUAAAUAUAUAAAAUAUAUCUCUGUUAUCGAUGUAAAAUAAUGUUAUAUAAUUCAUUCAUCUGCGUACAUGUGUGUAUGUGUGUGCGCUUGCAUAGGUUGUGUGUGCGUGUGUGUGUCAAGGUGUGAAUACGUGCGCGUAUGCGCCAGGAAGUUUACAAAUGAUCUCAUGUUGUGAUAUUAAUAUUUGAGUAUGUUUACACUGUACAAAUGCUUUAUUUGCUUUGCCAAUUGGCUCAGUUGUAGUUGUUGCGCCGACCAUUAUUUUGCACUCAGUGCAUACAAUGAAGUCGGUUUAAUAAUCGUCUUUUGCUUACAAAUACCCCCAUAUAUUGUUUGAUUAAAUUGUCAGUUAUAAUUAAUUUGCAAUUCGAAAUUUUGUUGUUGGACUCCAUUCUGUGUCGCUUCUCACACUUGAAAUGAAAUGAAAACAAUUUUAAAUAUUUUUUUCUUGUUUUUUACAACUAGCGCAUAUGCAGCAUUCGAAAGCGCUAUAAAUAAGGUGCAUACAUACACAUGUACAUAAUUAAUGAUUUAAGAAACAAGUAAACUUGAAAUAAUUUCAGCGCUGUUGAAUAAGUAUUUAGAGAAACAACUGUCAAAGGUAUUCACGGCAUUACAGUAAACAAAGAAAACAUAAAAUAAGACAACAGAGCAAAGUAUGUAUUGUGAAAUGAAAGAGAAAUUGCGGGCAAGUGGUGAUUUCCAAAAUUAAAAUUCAACCAAUCAUGCACAUGAAAUAAAACCACUUUAAACAAAAACCAAAACCAAAAAAAAAACAGAUUUGAAAAAAUUUGAAUGACGCAACAAAACACAAGAGUUUUAAGAACAUAGAAAAAAUAUUAAACAUUAAUUUGCAAACAUUUUCUACAAAACAACAAAAAGAAUGAAUGAAAUGAAAAAGAGAAACAAAACCUUUUUACUUAAAUUUGCAAGUGAAAGCACUGAUUUUUAACAAAAGGAAAUACAAUUACUAAAAAUACAUACAUACAAGUGUACAUAUAUAGAAACAUACUUUAUGCAUUAACUUAUAUUGUAUAUUUACGUAUUAUUUCCACCUAGUAUACAUACCUACCCACUACCUACAUAUUUAUCUACCUACCGACUUUCUCAUCACACAAAUAUUUAUGGCUUUCUUUAUGGCGGCGAAGUUAUAAUUAUUUUCAGCUAUACUAUACCCUAUACGCAGUGGUGGCCGUAGCAUACAUACAUACAACUGCGUCUAAUAUUUCCAAAAAAUUUUGAUUUUAAUUUUAACGAGAGACUGUUAAGUUUUAUUACUUAAGCUGCGAUUAGUGGUGUCGUGUCUUAGCCAUAACCUUAGCAUUAGCAAUCAGCUGUUUUUUGGCAAAAUGCAAAUAUUGCCAUUAAUUCUACUUCAAUAUCAGCUAUUUAAGGUUACGGCCCGACUAAUCGACAAAAGCUGUAAUGUUGCGGCUAUGGUUAUGAUUACGGCUAUGGCGUUAUGGCUAUGGCACCACUAAUUGCAGCUUUACUUUUAAACGUAAGGCAACUAAGUAAAAAUUAUAGAUUUUCCCACAAUAGUUUUUAUGUUAUAAAAUCUGAAUCCUUUUAUACCAGAGAAAUCAACUGGAGUACUGGCCCCUUUCCAACUCUUAACGAAAAACAACAACGGAAAAUAAAUUUUAUUUGUACUUCUAGAUCCAAGAUAAAGCAAAAGAUCUCCUAAUGAGCUGAAAAGACUUCUGCAUUCAUCGGUAGUCUGUGCGUCUCUUAAGCAUUCAGCAAUAGAUUCACCCAUGGGAAGCAUUCUUACUGAUUCUUUAAAAGCUCUCAUAAGCUUAUCGUACAUUUUCUUUUCAACUGAUAACGAAAUGGCCAAUGUUAGAGGAGCUAAAGUGCGCAACAUGCCUGCUCGUCUCUCAGGUUUGUAUGUUAUACCCGUCAAAAGAGGUAAAUGAACAUUUGUUAAUCCAAAUGAUGUUAUCCCCUUCUCAAUAUUUUUGUUAUCAACUUUCAACUUAAAUCUAGCGGCUGACAAACGAUUUUGAAGGCGGUUAAGACAUCAAUUAGAGGUGUUGCCAGUUUAAAAUUCCACUGUAAAUUUGGGAGAGUUUCCCUAAUUAUGUCUGAACAUUCUUGUACUGUGAAU